AAUGCCCAUAAUUUCAUAAAACCUAGGAUUUCUGUGAGGCUUCACAACAGCGUGUUAUUUUGGGUGGCAGUUCUGAGAAAGCUGUGCUUUACAUGCUCUCUGAAUUUUAGUGACACAUCUUUCUUUGUACAGCCAAAGAGAAGGUCAGCCAGACUAUCCGCUAAACCUGCUCCUCCCAAACCGGAGCCAAAGCCCAAAAAGGCAGCACCUAAGAAAGAAAAAGCAGCAAAUGAUAAAAAGGAGGACAAAAAGGCAGCAACAAAAGGGAAGAAAGGAGCCAAAGGCAAAGAGGAAACUAAACAGGAGGAUGCUAAAGAAGAAAACCACUCUGAAAAUGGAGAUACCAAAACUAACGAGGCACCAGCUGCUGAAGCAUCUGAUGAUAAGGAAGCCAAGUCCGAGUAAUGUUAACCCUGCCCUAUAUCUCCAUCAUUUGGUCUCCGUACCUCCAUGCUGUAUUGUUAACAGAGAGGAAUAUUUUUAUCAACUAUUUUAUAAAUGCAGGUUUUUUUAGCAUGAAUUUAAUUAUGGAACAUCUUCAUCUCGGUUACUUGGGAAUUAAAUCCCUAACAAACAAAACAAAAACAAAACAAAAAAAAAAAAAGUCAUUGUUUUUAAAUUUUGUGAUUGUAAUAGUUUGUAUGGUACAUGGAAAGAAUAAGUGGUGGUAGCUUUUGACUUCUGUCAGUGUGUCCCUUUUUGUGUAAGUCAUGCUUACAGACUUCAGAUUUUAAUUUUUCCCUUGUAUGUGUUGUAUGGUUUCUUAAAGUGGGGAGGUCUCAAAACAAAUAACUGUGUGAAACAUUCCAGUGGUUCUGUGGGUUGCUUUUAUAAAGAAGGUGAGCUAUUUUCAUGAAAAAAAAAAAAAAAAACCUUAAGAGCUGGAAAUCUGUUUUUUCCCAAAUGUAAUUUUAUUUUUUCAGUUUUUAAAAAAAAAAAAAAAAAAAAAAGAAAAAUAAAUAAAUAAAAGUGUAAUCCUGUUUUUAAAUGAAAUACAAACAUUUCUUUUCAAAAAGGGCAGGUUGGUUGUAUGUACCCACUGUUAGGAAUUUUGCUGGAUUUAUCUUAAUAAAAAAGACUCCUCAAAAGCU